GAGAGAGAGGAGAGAGAAGAGACCCUCCUGAUGCUUCAGUGCCGUGCAGUCCGGUGAACCGUUAUUGUCUCCUCGCGCGCUGCCAGAAACGCGUCUUGAGCGUAUUUCUUUGCAAAAGACAACGAACCCAAACCACAUCCGGGCGACAUGGGCAAGGUGGAGGGAGGGAUGAAAUGCGUGAAAUACCUUUUGUUCGUGUUCAACUUCAUAUUCUGGCUGAUGGGAUCCUUCGUUCUGGCCGUGGGCCUGUGGCUGCGUUUUGACCCGGAAACCGUGUCUCUGCUCAGCGGCGAAAAGGCCCCAGACACUUUCUUCAUCGGCGUGUACAUACUGAUCGGUGCCGGCAGUCUGGUGAUGCUGGUUGGUUUCUUCGGCUGCUGCGGGGCUGUUAGGGAGUCUCAGUGCCUCCUGGGUUCAUUUUUCGCCUGUCUGCUGAUCAUCUUUGGAUCUGAGGUGGCAGCUGGAGUGUUUGGAUUCCUAAACAAAGACAAGAUAGUUGAAGAUGUCCAGAACUUCUACGCAAAAACCUACGAUGAGAAUAACAACGGCACGCUGAUCACCUCGUACCAGAAAGUACUGAACUGCUGUGGGACCGUGAAGAGCCCGUGCCCCGAUGCUGAAUCAAGAGUCGACUGCGAAUCGGGCAUCAAAGACUUCUUCAACAACAAGCUCUUCAUCAUCGGGUGCGUGGGCAUCGGCAUCGCCGGGGUCAUGAUCAUCGGGAUGAUCUUCAGCAUGGUGCUCUGCUGCGCCAUUCGGAACAGCAGGGAGGUCAUCUGAGGCCGACGCUUUGACCUUUUCCCCCCCUCACCCUUUCUGUGUCAAGCCCGAUAAGACCGUCCAGCGCUUUGGCUCAGAUGUCCAUCCUCACUCGUUAGCCAGCCUGGGCCCCCAGGAAAAAAAAAAAAACACACCUCAGAGCUUUUCCCCUGGCAGUUUCCAAGACUUUCUUUCUAUUUUUGCUCCCUUUUGCACGCUGAGUAGCAUGAAGUUAAAUUUUUCACAUACCUGACGGGAACGGUUCAGUUUGCGGGUCGUUUCCUUUGCGGCCAUUUGGCCCAUCGCUCCAAAAUCUGAACCCGCACACUGACACAGUGGUGUCAGUCCUUCUUCACACAGCCUUGACACUGACCCCUCGGCUGUGGGAAACUGAAGCCGGAGGGGGCGAUCUGAUGUGAAAACAGCUGACUUUGCUCGGCCACACACACACACACACACACACACACACACACACUCACAGCCAUCCAAACACAGGUAUGUUGUGUUACAUGAGACCACAACCUCAAAAAAGGCUUUCUGGCUUCUCAGUGGGAGUCCGGACUGGGCGGGUCACGGUCAGGGUGCCGAGCGAGGGGAUAACUGGAGCAUGUCUCUAACGCGCUGGAAGCAUGCACUCAGAACACACAGGUAGUGAUCAGUAACGAAGAGAAGAGAAGCCGCUCCAGUAAUGAACCAGUUCCAUAUUUUGGGAAAUCUGCGUGCUUGAUUUCUCGAGCAGUGCUGCACAAAAACAUUCGGCAAACCAAUCAGAUCAGCUGAGAUCCGUUUCCCAAAAUGUUCAACUGGUUCAUCAGUGUUUUGCACCUUUCGUUUUUCACAAUCAUCUUUAAUUCAAUGUGCUGGUGUUUUUUUCUGGUUUUGGAAAUACUUGAAAAAGCCACCCAAAGUGGCACAGAAGGUACUUUUAAAAAUCCAUUGAUGUAUAA